UCAUGUAAGUGUAGAGAGCCUAAAUGAGCAGCAGAUGGCGGCCAUUCACCGCGUCGGCGCAUAUGCUAGCAGCAGAGGGCACUGUGACGCCAGUCUCCAGGUCGCCUGCGCUCUAUGAUCCCCGGAGGUCACUACACGGUCUCUGGUCCUAUGAUGGCGGCGCCCUACAGGAGACAUGCCGGCAGCUGCCUGCGGUUGUUAGGGGCUGCUCUACGGACUGCUGCCCGUCCGUUUGGUACAUCACCACCGGCUGAGACUGGAGCUGGGAUCAGCCAGGAGGUGGGGAGAGAACCGGCGACCCCAACGGAAGCUGCUGUGGACAGAGAAUCUUUUGCCUAUUUACUCCGCCAUUCACCGCUCAUUCAGCUGGGACCAGCCAAGGAUAAGGUGGUCGCUGGAACAGUCUUCCAAGUUAUUCAAGAUGACCUAUAUAUCGACUUUGGGGGCAAGUUUCCCUGUGUGUGCAAGCGACCUGAGCAAGAUGCAGAAUUAGUAACUUCCUAUGAUCCCCACAAUUUGGUUGGUUACUACAACACAGUCCUAUGAAAAUUGAAUUUAAAAAAAACAAACAAGGAAACCAUAUAGGACUUCGGAAACUUCUUAAGUCUGGGAUUAGCAGCCGAGCUCAUUUGUGCACCCAGGGUUCCCCAGCUGUUGACAAGUGGCGGCAGCGUCUUUUUCCCACUGUGCAGGGGCCAUUGGCCUGAAAAGCCCCUUUAUCGUUCUUCCGUGGUAAUCAACUGUCACCCAGCUAGUCAUAUUACUGAUUGGGCCCCAUAUUUGUUGUUUCAGUGUUCUCGUUUCUUUGGGAACUACAUUGACACGUUCUCUGGGUUUACCAUGGACUGCACCUGUACAGUAAGAGGUUGAAUGAACAGAGAAGCCAUUGUUUGUGGUAACUUGAGAAGGCUCCGGAGGAAACAAACCCUACUGUAUGAGUAACUGAUAGUCCGCAUCACUGAUUUUCUUUGUUACAAACAAGGAAAAAAACUAGGAAAGAAAUAGCUGAAGUUUACAGCUUACUUCAUAUUUCAGGCACGUGGAGUGUUUUACAGAUUAACCUUUUAUAUGAUAGUGACCUAUAAGGUUUUUCCAUGCAUAUCUUAUGUUAGUACAUGCAGAAAGCACUCACCGCUGAAACAAUCUUUAAUAGAAAUACAUUGUGCAAUUUUCUCUUGCACUGCUUCCUUGUCAUGACGUGGUGGUAAUGUCAUUUUCUGCUAAUAGAUGCAUACAGGGUCCAUCUCACAGGAAGAACAAAUAGGGUCCAUUAUUUAAGCUACAUUAUUUACAGCCAGGAGUCCUCUGUUUGAUAUUGCGUUGAACAUCAGAUUACAAGUAAGGGGUAGUGCAAGUAGAUAGAGUGCAGGGCUGUUGUGUCUCAUUGUCCCUGCAGUACGGUGUGUAGUGUGAACACAAUGUGGUAACUCUUGUCUGAUUUCCUGGUUACUUUUUAAGAUGUUAUCUUUGCUUCCAAUAGCUCCAGUCCCCUUGAGAUAUCCGCUCGCUGCCAGCAGCAUUUUCCCACCAGUAGAUUAAAGUGUUUGAAAGAAUGGGUUCAGUUCCCCUGAGUGCAGGGUCUAUAGGAAGCUGUGUGUCUCCCCUAUAUGUACACACACCGUAUUGCAAACUAUUUUCUCACAGGUUUGAAUAUAGAUUUCAUUUUAAGGAGCUUUUACUGCUGAUAAAAAGAUGUUAAUCCCAUGUUUACAAGUUUGUUUGUUUUGAAGCUACUGUAUGGAGGAGCUAAACUGAUCUGCUGUUCACGUGGUCAGUUGUCCACUAGGGGCACUGCUCCAUUGGCGCCAAUGAAUAUUUUACUUAUGGCAAAUCAAUACUGUUAUACAGUUAAUAAACGA